CCAACCUAAGUGUAUGUAAACUUCCGACUUCAACUGUAUAAAGUACUAUAUUUUCAUUAUGCAUAUGAGUGUUUUCAGGAAGUAUUGAAUAUUUGCCAUGUGUUUUAAAUGUAGGCCUUUUGUAGAGAAUUCUAGGACCUACUAUAUGUUCAUGCUACUGUAAAUGUAUGAUCUGCAGUAUCUAGAACUAGAGUAGCCUAUAUGAUGCCUACCACUCACAUGUGGGUGGUCCACUGAUCAAGGGGCGUGUUCGACUGUUUCACCCCUCUUACCCCCACCGCUCUCCUGGAGCAUGCUUUAAUAGAGAAAGUAUGCAAUGUUCAUAUAUGCUCCAGCUCCAACCCCCAUCAUACUUCAACUGGGGUAUUCGUGACCAAACGAGGAUACUGCAGACAAAACGUAGGCUAACAACAAAACCAACUGGUGGGAGCAAGGUACCAAUCACGGCUAAGUCUGCCCCUCUCUAACCCUCUCCCCUGAGGCCUGAGCUCUGGGCUUCCAAGCCCACAUACCCCUUUCACUUCGCUGGUGGACAGACACAGGGAUGAGCAACAGCGGGACCAAGGAGCCGUCACCAGGAGUGGCCCUAUCACCUACCUCCACACCUCCACUCAGGGGCCGGGGACGCCCACGGAAACAACAGCAGGAGCCCACUGGCCCCCCAACCCCAAAGAGGCCCAGAGGACGACCCAGAGGAAGCAAGAACAAAGGGCCUCGUGCCACACCCAAGAAAGUAGAGCCAGUCGGGGAGAGAAGACCUCGGGGCCGGCCAAGGAAAUGGCCCCAGAAAGUAGUUCAAGAAGUAAUCCAGGAACAGCAGGGUCCUUCAGAAGAAACUGAAGGCCCCUCACAGUCACGGUCUCUGCCCACUGAGGCUUCACCAUCUCAGGCACCAGCCCAGGAAGAGGCAGAGGGGGAAUAGACAAUGUGCCACAAAACUACCUCAAGGUUUGGGCAGAGACAAAGAGGUGUACAAUCCAACCUCCAUUCCAAAACAACAGAUAAUAACCCUGCUUUGUAGAACAAUAGGCCUGACUGGGUUAUUGUGCCUGGAGUCUGUCCAGAGCUGAGGCUGGGUCAAUGAUGGACAUAGCUUUGGUCAGUUGAUUGAUUACAUAGGAUUUGGUCAAUGGGUAUUCAGAGAUUGGUUGAUGUGGUGUGUGUGUGCGUGCGUGCGUGUGCAUGCGUGCGUAUGUGUUUGUGGUGUUAAUCAUGGUGGCAUGGUGGGGAGGGGGUUUAAAAAAAAGGAUGCUGCUGUCAUCAAAUUGUACUGACAUUUCUAAACACAUUACUGGUUCAAGAUUCAUGACCCCUUUGUCACACAGGAGCUCGACUCAAACGUAAUUGUCUGUCCUGAUUGUGAAGAAACAUGGGGAUAUUUUGUUAGAUAUACAUUGGAAUGGGAAUACAUUAACAUGAACAGAAUGAAGUCUGAACUCAACAGUGACAUGACAUCUCAUCACGCUCAGCUUUUGUUUGUACUACAUUGCUCUAACCACACUCAUUAAAACCUUAGGGGGCCAUACUUGCGAACAUUAGAACAAGUUUAAGUUUAAGCAUCAGCCAUUUUAAAUCGUUGACGUAGUUGGAUAUGAUCAAAUGCUACAUGUUAGCUGUUCCCAUUACAUAACCUGGCACAUUUAGCCCUAUGCUAACCUCACCAGGUGGCAGUGAUUAUUUCCUGUAACAAAUUCCGCAUCUGCCUAUCAAAGAACUUAAACUUUUUCUAUACAAACCAAUGGCAUUUCUUAAAAUAGGUGAACUUGUCCAGAGGGAUAUAUUUAAACCUCCAAAUUCAAGGUUUACUUUUGUUCCCCUUCAUUUGGUCUCAAAUGUAGAGUGACAAUAUUGCAUGAACAUCGCAUCCUUGACUAGGCUACUUACUAGCGUUACGUUAGACAAAGCUUGUUUUCGCAUAUAUAUAACAAAAUCUUAUGUUUUCCUUAUCCGUGUCAUCAAGGCAAAGGGUGGUUAUUUGAAGAAUCUCAAAUCUCAAAUAUAUUUUGAUUUGUUUAACACU